AUGGGGGCCUCGUCGUCGAGACUAGAGAAGGCGCUGACCGUGGCGCCGGAGAAGGAGCGCUUCUUCGGCUUGGAAAACUUCGGCAAUACGUGCUACGCGAACAGCGUCCUGCAGAUCCUCUACUGGUGUGAACCGUUCCGGGAGCAACUCAUACAGUACUGCCGCGACUUGGAUUCUGAGGCGGAGGACACGCUGCUCAUGGGCCUGGGCGAGCUGUUCUCGCACAUUAGCCAGAGCAAGAAGCGCUCGGGGGUUGCGUCGCCGUCGCGCCUGCUCCAGCUCGUCCGCAAACAGAACGAAAUGUUCAGCGGGAACGAGCACCAGGACGCGCACGAGUUCCUGAACUGGGUCCUCAACGACGUCAGCGAGACGAUCGACAAGGUGGAGAAGAAGCGAGCGGACCAGGGCAACGGAGCGCAGCCGCUGCCAGCGGCCAACGGCGUCAGCGGCCAGACGAGCUCGUGGUUCAACCGCAUCUUCCAAGGCACGCUCGUCAACGAGACCAGGUGCCUCGGCUGCGAAACCGUGUCGUGCCGCCAGGAGACGUUUCUGGACCUGUCGCUCGAGAUCCUGCCGAACUCGUCCGUGUCGUCCUGCCUGCGCAACUUCUCCGAGACGGAGAUGCUCGGCGGCCGCGACAAGUUCUUCUGCGACACGUGCGGGUGCCUCCAGGAGGCGCAGAAGCGCAUGAAGGUGCAGCGGCCGCCCAACGUGCUCGUGCUGCACCUGAAGCGCUUCAAGUACGUCGAGCACCUCGGCCGCAUCAAGAAGCUCCCGCACCGCGUCGCCUUCCCCCCCGAGCUCCGGCUCGGCAACGUGGUGUACAACGCCCCGGGGGCGUCGGCCUUGUACCAGCUCUGCGGGAUCGUCGUGCACGUCGGGGCCGGCCCGUACCACGGCCACUACGUCACGCUGAUCAAGAGCCACGACCAGUGGCUGUUCUUCGACGACGAGUCCGUCAACCCAGUGUCCGAGGACGCCGUCUGGAACACCUUUGGGUCGUCGUCGGAAGCGGGAGGACGGAACGAUCAUGCGUUCCUGCUCACGUACAUUCGGCGCCCAGAAGACUGGGAUCACGGGCCGAAGCAGCGCAAGGCGACUGCGUAG